AUGGAGGAGGAGCACUCAACAGCAGAAGCGGCGGCGGCUGGUGAGGCCUUCCUGGAGGCGGUGGCCGCUGGCGACGUGCCGCGUGCGCGCCACGUGGAGAUGGUGGAGCUGCUGCUGGCCAGCGGAGCCGACCCGCACCACCGGUCGAGCGUCGAUGGCAUGCACGCCCUCCACGUGCUCGCCGAACAGGGCCAACGCGACUUCUGCCUGGAGAAGCCGGCGGGCAUACUUCUGCUGCAAGUGCUGCUCGAGGCCGGCGUCGAUCCCAACGUGCCCACCUCGUCCAGCAGCGAGGUGUAA